GUGCUCAUUUCAUCUGAUCUGGGCUAGGCAUUAUUGUCCCUUCGCACACCGAAAUUUAACUACUCUAGCCAUGCUCUUUUGGCUAUCUGCUCGGAAGUCUUGAAAUCCAGCGGUUAGAAACUUUUAAUUGGGAAGGAAGACGUCGCAAUUUGACAUGGAAAACGGGUUUCCGUCGCGGUUCGACCUUCAAGAACAGAUUGGAAAAGGUACUUUCAGCGUCAUUCGAAGAUGUUUCGACAAAAGAAACGACCGAGUGUGUGCGGUGAAAAUUGUAGAUAUUGCAAAAAUGUCCUCCUCGAGUGGUCUGACAGAAGAAGAUUUACAGAGGGAGGCCCGUAUUUGCCAGAAUUUGCGGCACCCUCAUAUAGUUGAAAUUGUAGGAGCGUACUCCAUGAAUGGGUUUAUUUACAUGGUGUUUGAAUAUUUGGAUGGUGCUGAUUUAUGUUUCGAAAUAGUGAAUCGUGUACAUGCAGGCUUUGUUUACAGUGAAGCUGUGGCUAGUCACUACCUCAGACAAGUUUUGGAGGCAGUGUCAUUUUGUCAUGAAAAUGAAAUUGUACAUCGAGAUCUCAAGCCUCACAACAUUCUGUUGGCAAGUAAGGAGAAUUCAGCACCAAUCAAGAUUGCUGACUUUGGAGUGGCUGUAGAAAUUGGAGAAGAAGGUUACGUCACAAGUGGACGCAUAGGGACCCCACAUUUCAUGUCACCAGAGGUGAUAAACAGGGAACAGUACGGUAAACCUGUAGACAUUUGGGGAUGUGGUGUUGUACUCUUUAUUCUUCUAAGUGGGUCAUACCCCUUCCAUGGAACAGGAGAAAAGAUAUAUGAGUCAAUCAAGAAGGGUAUACCCUUGAUGAGACCCAAAAUUUGGGACAGCAUAUCUGAUGAGGCAAAAGAUUUAGUGAAGAAGAUGUUAGCCCAGGAUCAAAAUGAUAGACUGACAGCUAGAGAGGCACUGCAACAUCCUUGGCUAAGUAAUCGCAAUGUACCACAGAGAAUUCACCUUCAGGAUUCGGUAGAUGAAAUGAAAAAGUUUAAUGCAAGAAGAAAGUUAAAGGGAGCCAUCUUAGCUGCUGUUGCCAGCAGCAAAUUUCCGGUGGCAAACGGAGACGUUAUUGGUUCUCAGGAUGAUGUUUUUGAUUACGAAGACGAUGAUCUAUCUGCAUCAGGAGCAAUUGGCCAGCUUCUUGACUCUUUAGAAGAGAUUCAAGUUCUGGCAGGGGCAAGCGAAGAUGAUGUGAACUUUUUACAGAACUUCUUCGAACAUCAGACGCUGCAAGCCUUACUAGAGGUUUACGACAGAAGUCAGGAGUGGACGGAUGAGAAUCGUUCGUGUCCAUCGACGAGUUCACCUAGCGCGGUGGAGGACGCUAAAGAGGUUAUUGACUUGGUCGAGUUCAGGGCCGAGGACGACGACGACUGCUACGAGUUGCAAAACAUUUUGUCAGACCCGCACGUGAUGGCGAUGCUUCAGUCUCACGAUGAAGUGUUGAAAAUCUCUACGGGUGAAGAAGUAAACCCGUUGCAGGCUGAUACAUCCACUGGAUAUAAUGGCAGAAUGGAGGAGUCUGUGAGCGAAAGACCGGAAAAACUCACCCGUGUUCGACUUGUUCAGUUUCAUAAAAAUCCCAACGAACCCAUGGGAAUUACUCUGAAACUGAACGAACAAGGAAGGUGUAUUGUCGCAAGAAUCAUGCACGGAGGAAUGAUCCACAGACAAGGCACACUUCACCCAGGAGAUGAGAUCCGUGAAAUAAAUGGAGUAAACGUGGCAGAGAAGUCAGUCGAAAACCUACAAGCUAUCUUGCGUCAAGCAAGUGGAAAUGUCACUUUCAAGAUUGUGCCAAGCUCAAAGAAUUUAAACCAAGUCUCUGAAGUAUUCGUGCGGGCGCUGUUUGAUUACGACCCCCGUGGGGAUGAUCUGAUUCCCUGCCAACAGGCCGGGUUAACCUUCGCUUGUGGGGAUAUUAUCCAAGUUGUAAGUAAAACUGACCCCUACUGGUGGCAAGCUGUAAAGGCUGACGAUAAAAACGGAUUCGCAGGACUUGCUCCGUCGCCCGAGCUACAAGAGUGGAGAGUGUCGUGUUUAGCUGCAGAGAAAGCCAGGAAGCAGAAUGGCGCAACUUGUAUAUGGUUCAACAAGAAAAAGAAAAGUGGCCGGGAUAAAUAUGUGGCCAAACACAAUGCAGUAUUCGAUCAGCUUGAUCUUGUCACUUAUGAGGAAGUUGUCAGGCUCGAUUACUUUAAAAGGAAGACACUUGUACUUCUUGGAGCACAUGGCGUUGGAAGAAGGCAUAUUAAAAAUACGUUGAUCAAUAAAUAUCCCGAAAGAUUUUCCUACCCUAUUCCACAUACGACAAGAGAGCCGAAAGAAGGAGAAGAGGAUGGAAAAAAUUACUUCUUCGUAUCCGCCGAGGAUAUGUUACUGGACAUUGAGGCCAACAAAUACCUGGAAUACGGUACACACCAAGGCGCCAUGUACGGCACCAAGCUCGACACGAUAAGGGACAACCUUAAUCAGGGCCUCACAGCGAUACUCGACGUGGAACCUCAGGCGCUGAAGCUUCUUCGAACGGCAGAAUUCUCUCCUUACGUUGUGUUCAUCUCCGCACCAACUAUCAUUGGAAACGACAGCACGAGAAACCCUCCUGUGCCAAACGGAGAUGUUGCUGACGAAAGUCUUCAGAGGCUGGCUAAAGAGUCAGACACACUCCACCAGACUUACGGGCACUUGUUUGACCUGACAAUCGUUAAUAACGAUAUCGACGACACGAUUCGCCUUCUGGAGAACGCCAUCGAUCAAUUGCACAAAACUUCGCAGUGGGUACCAGUGUCGUGGGUGUACUAACUCCACCUUACCCCUUGUUAGGAUCACGAACGACAUGUGGCAAGUCAUGGCCAGCGCCAACAAAAUGUACCCAAUCCUUCUCUUUCUGGUAUUUGGACCCGCUCCUUCCUCGCCAGUCGUUGGUUAAAGUAACCUAUCCAGUCAUUCACUGUAUUCGUACCGUAUAUAUCUCUUAAUAAGGGAAUGGAGUUUUUGGUGUUCGAUGCCCAGUUUCCGUAGAGUCCGUUCAAAAUCAAGUAAUGAAUCAUCAGAAAACCUCAAUAAUAACAUCGUACGGGGGAGUUUUAUUUGCGAAGUGGAAGAAUUGAUUCAAGUUAGACGUAGUCAGGACUUAAUUGCUUGGUAAAGCCUCACAGAUUGUGGGUUACUGUGCUGAAUUAGCUCAAAAAAAUUGUCCCAAAGCUUGGGAAUUUUCUACCCAUUUUUCCAUCUUUCACGCCCGUUUCUGAAUAGUCGCUCUGUGUAUAAUUUUACGUUGAUGUAUGUGCUACGGAAUCUGGUAAUGAUCAUCUCAACUUUUGAGGCUCGUUUGAACACCACAAAGUGUUUCAUGUCUUGGAGGUUGCCUUAGGAAGAAAAGAGAAUUUCUUUUUUGUUCCCAAAAUUUUGUAGUGAACGACGGUGUUUCGUUCCAGAGCGCCUGGGUAUUGGGUCAGUUUGAUAAAACUUAAAAAAAAAAGCCUUCUAUUUGGUUGCGUAUGGCUUAGCCCGUGAAAAGCAAUCCUAUUAGCCAAUGAGAAUGAAAUUCAAUAGAAGAAAGUAUUGAAAAAGUAAUGAGAGCUGCAGCGGCUUGCUUUAAAACGUAAUGAAUGUUUUUUUAUCUGGAUAAUUUCUCAAGUUCAAUUGUUUAUCGAUAUCUCUAAGAAAUUCGAGUUUUCGAAUAAUGGAAGUGGAAAUAACAGAUGUUCAGGCCGCAGAUUGACGCGAUUUUCCUCUUGAAUUCGUCUGUCCAAGUAUAAUGAGGUACUUUGUGAAAUUUUUGAACUUGCUUGAAUCCCUUUUGAUUGCAAAGAUCAAAGGCAUCAAUUGUGGUUUUACUCUUUCUAAUAUGUGGUUAAAGGUGAACUUUUAGAACCAAAUCAAUAACUGAUUGUUUGCGCCUUAUUUGAAAGGUGCAUUUUUGCUUUGAGAAUGUCAGCUCAAUGGAAUUUUUUUUUAUCUUUUUGUUAUAUUAAUUCCCAUAAAUGUAUAUUUAAGAGAGAAUUUUCUCAAUGUUAUGUAUUCAAAGCUUGCUUUUCAUUUCCUAAUUUUGUAUGUCUAUGUAUAAUUCGAUGUCAGACUUAUUUAUCAUUAUAAUUUAAUGUAAGUCGCUCAGUAACCACUCAAAUCUAAAAGACGCAAACAUGCAAGUUAUUGGAGAUGCUCAUCCAGUAAUAUCACCAGAAAGUACGUGUUUUGAUGUCAAGACUUGAACAAGCAAUUGGGGGCUUCAUUUUUAACUGAUCGGGCAUGUUGAUGUGGGAAUACCAUGUGACUGAAAGCAUUCAUUUUAGAAGACAACUGCGCGAGUUAAUUUUGCGUCAAAGCAUGUCACGUGAUUGCUUGCGUGACGAAUUUCUGUUGUCUGUUGAAAGCUAAGUUUUGAAGUUUUCUGUCUUCGAGAUCUUACUUUAUUUCCGUCAUGAAUGUGAAUUGUGAAAUAUGUACAAAGAACUGCCUUAUGGCAAAGGAUGGGACGAGUUCAUGGCUUUUGUGUUACUGUCGGAAUACAAAAGCGGUUAAGAUGUGGAUAACGCAAAACAUGUAAUAUUGAAAGAAACGGAAUCUUGAUUGAAAGAAGAGCACGUAUUUGUAAGAAUUCUCUUUUUAUAUGUAUAGGGAUCGCUGUACAUUAAAACAUGUGAAACUUGA